AUCUUGAAAAGAAAACCUAUUUUUUAUGCACACUCGAAUCAAUGAUUAAACCAACCAAAAAAAGGUUGUUUACUUGUAUCAAGCUUCUAUAAGUCUUCAAAAAGGUGUUAAGACUUAAGAGUCCGUGUUAAGACUUAAGAGUCUGUAUCAGAUUGAAACUAUCAGAUAGUCCUAAUUUCUCCAAUAUUUUCCAUCCUCUUUUCUUCUACUCCACCGCCACCCCCCCCACAGAAAAAAGAAACUCCAAAUAUAUAGCAUUGGGGGAAAUUUUGAGCUUUUGCAGAGGAAGUGUCACUUUGUUCUUUACUAGGAACAAAUACUUUUUUUUUCGGUCUUUGAUUUUGUUACAUCUCAAAAAGGACAAACAAUGAAAAUCAGACCACAAGAUCACGUGGUUACCUUUAUUUGGGCAGAAACCAAUAAUGUGAGGAACUCUUUCAGAAGAGUUCUUCCAAGAAUCACGAUCACUUUCAUCUUCUUCUUUUGUCUUCUAUACGUUUUUUACUCCCUAAUUUGUUUAAACCCGUCAUUCAAGUCCACCCUUUUACCUUUAGAUACUUUUAUUAGAAUUAACGAAGAAAAACACUCAAACACUAUCCAAAAAGCCCCAGAAAAAACUCAGCUCCACCAUAUUGUUUUUGGCAUUGGAUCAUCACGAGCCACAUGGAAAUAUCGAAACGAGUACGUAAAAUUAUGGUGGAAGCCGGAUAAAAUGCGAGGAUUUGUAUGGUUAGACAAGCCUAUGAUCAUGUCGAAGAAUCAAAGCACGAGUAAUAAUUCUACUAAUAUUACAAGUACUUCUCUCCCACAAAUCAAGAUUUCAAGUGACACGUCAAGAUUUAGGUACACGAAUAAAAAAGGCGAUCGAUCGGGGAUUCGUAUAUCCCGAAUCGUAUCGGAAACAUUAAGAGCGGAUUCGGAGAAGGUGAGGUGGUUCGUGAUGGGGGACGACGAUACGUUUUUCGUGCCUGAAAAUUUGGUUAGGGUAUUGAGGAAAUAUGAUCAUAACCAAUUUUAUUACAUAGGGAGUGUAUCGGAAACACAUUGGCAAAAUCAUGAGUUUUCUUAUAAUAUGGCUUAUGGAGGUGGAGGUUUUGCUAUUAGUUAUCCAUUGGCAAAGGCUAUUGAGAAAAUGCAAGAUAAAUGUUUACAAAAGUAUCCACAUUUGUAUGGAUCAGAUGAUAGGAUUCAAGCUUGUAUGGCUGAACUUGGAGUUCCUCUCACUAAAGAAGUUGGAUUUCACCAGUUUGAUCUACAUGGUAGUGUUAUGGGCCUGCUCUCAGCCCAUCCAGUUGCACCACUGAUUUCACUUCAUCAUCUUGAUAAAAUCCAGCCCAUCUUCCCCAAACUAAGCCGAGUUGAAGCCCUGAGACGCCUCAACAAACCCAUAAAACUGGACUCAGCUGGGCUCAUGCAACAGUCCAUAUGUUAUGAUAGGCCCAGGAGAUGGACCAUUUCUGUCUCAUGGGGCUAUUUGGUCCAGAUAAAUAGGGGCAUCUUACCAGCCCGUGAAAUAGAAAGGCCCAUUACAACUUUCAACGAUUGGUAUGGUACUGGUGAUGAAUAUUCCUUCACAUUCAACGUAAGGCCAUAUCAUAACAAUGGCUGCCAAAGACCAUUUUUCUACUUGUUGUCCAAUGCAUAUGCGACAACCAAUCACACCACAAGCGUAUACGUGUACGACGGGGCCCCCGGACGGAAGUGCAAGUGGAGUAUAGCUGAUCCAUCCGAGAUACGCCGCAUGGAAGUGUACAAGAAGCCUGAUCCAAAUUUAUGGGACAAGUCUCCAAGAAGAAAUUGUUGCAGAGUUUUGCCAACAAGCAGGAAUGACACUCUAUUAGUAGAUGUGGGUGAAUGCAAAGAUGGUGAAACCAUCUAAUUGUAGUGAAACAGACUAAAGAGGAUUCUUCACUCUCUUCCUAGUGAUCCAUUCAUGUCAUUAUUUGUAGUCUCCCCCAUCUUUCCAGUCGAGUCUUUUUUAUCUUUUUCUUUUUUGUCUGAAUACAGAAAGGAGCUCCAGAUUACAUAUAUUGCUUUGUAUAAAACAAUCUAACACAAUGCUUCAGGUGAGCUCCUAAUUUUGAUGUACUUCAAAAGAAAGAAUACAAGAAAGAAUGCAAGAUCUGAUUUCACAUAAACUUACACUGAAAGAAGUUUUUCAAUGAAAACUUCACUGUUCUAUCACCUGAACAUAUUAAUAGAACCUCCUUCUAUUCUAAA